AUGAACCCUCCUGAUCCUGAUAUGGUGGGCUUUGAUAAGGCUCAUCUGGCUCAUACUGAGGACUUGGCCUCAGAGAUUCCUGAUAUCACUUCUCCCUUGGCCCAAUUCCUGGUCCUUCAGGACAAUAUCACUUUGGAUGACAUUGAGGUUCUGAAAGCUCAUCUUUUGUCUCACAGUCCCCACUCUGCUCUGGGUCUAGACCAGGUGUCCAAGGCUAAAAUUCUGGACACGGACAACAUUAUAUUGCUCGACUUCAAUGAAUGUGUCCAUAGGCAUGGCUCACCUCAUUAUUGGCUCCUCACCCUGAUCAUUGGGGCCCCAAAACAUGGAAAGACUGCAGAGGACGUUAAGAACUAUUGUGCUAUUGCCCUGGAAAGCUGCCUUCUGAAGGCUCUCACCUUCAUCAUCCAUACUAAGUUCUGCAAGGCUCUCAAUAGCACCAGCAUCAUUCCCCCAUCCCAAAAUGGUUUUUGGAAGAACUGCCAUACCAAUAAUAAUGCCUUUGUCCUUUGGACACUGAUUGACAAGGCUGCCUCAAAAGGAAAAACCUUAGACAUUGCCUUUGUGGACAUAUCAAAUGCCUUUCCUUCUACAAGUCAUUCCUCUCUUUGGCUGAAACUUGAGGCUUAUGGCCUGACAGGCCAAUACUUUGAUUGGAUUCAAAUGUUGUAUUCACAGAUGACCUACAUUAUUGCCCACAAUGGAAUCGUUUCACAGAAGUUUUCAUCUCUGAGCCAGAUCCAUCAGAUGCCACACUCUUUGGAAGCACUAUUGCUCACCUUGAGCAUGCAGAUGACCUCGCCUUGA